AACAACACCUGCCGACUGCUUGAUAAUGCUGUGUUAUAAUACAGCGCAGUGAUUGACUGUCGGAUUGUGUGUGAUAUUGAUGUCGCUGUUUGUAGUUGGUCGUCAGCAAUCCACCAGAUAUAGAGAAUGUUAUUGUGCUUGGAGCUGGAUUUCCGGAUUAACGAGUCAAAGAAAGUCUAGACGUUCUACCAGUGUCCGUCCGAAAAACGGGGAACUUUAAAAAAGCCAUCUGCUCUUGUUGUGUUUUCAUACAGGCCCGUACACAAUGUCCCUGUGUAGCUACUGAACUGGGCGGUCGGGUAGCCUAGUGGUUAAAGCGUUCGCACUUCACGCCGAAGACCCGGGUUCGAUUCCCGACAUGGGUACAAUGUGUGAAGCCCAUUUCUGGUGUCCCCCGCCGUGAUAUUGCUGGAAUAUUGCUAAAAGCGGCGUAAAACCAUACUCAGUCAGUCAGUCAGUCAGUUACUGAACUAGACACUGUGAAACGCUGUGUACUCAAUGAAUCGUUACGAUAUGGGAAAAGAACAAGCUGAAAAUAUACAGCUCACUUUGAAGUUACAUAGCCUUCGUAACAUUGUGCGUGUGCUGAAGGAUGAGUAUGUCGCCGCUAAAGGCACGUUCUUCAUAGCGAGAUAUGGAAUGCUGAAAGAUAUGAUCAAGAGAGCUAUAGCGCACAUCAAAGGACACGACCCUGACAAUACGACCUUUGGCGACAAUAUGAGAGCACUAGCUGUCAAGGAAGAGAAAACCCGCGAGGUGUCGAAGAUGUCAAAACAAGAAAUAACGCAGGACAGUGAGAAGAUCCAGGUUCAGAUCAACAUAAUCCAGCAUCUGGACGAGCAGUAUCAGGGGUCCAAAAGGAUGUUGCCUCCAUGGAGAUAUGGGGAGAUGAAGAGAAUAGUCAAGCAUGUGAUUCAACAGUUGUAGCUUUUAGGCCCAUGUACCACAGGGACCUCCAACCACACUCAUAUUGAUGAGCGUCUUAUCAGAGAAGAAGAGACGUUCAUUUUGCCUGACUUAUUAGCCUGCCAUCAGCACACCAAUUAAAUCACAAGUCAUGUAAACCUUGGUACAUAACCAUGUCCUACUCAGUUGUUGAUCACUUGCUGGAUCGCGGUACAAAAAAAGUCAAAAUGAAAUAACAAUGGAGUGAUUAUAAUUAUGAUUUUUUGCUUUUGUGGUACCGAACUCUGAUAGUUACGGAUGCUGUUUCUAAAACUGAUUCUUACCUAAUACCAAGAAUCGUUGACUGCAUCGACAAAAUAAAUCAAGCCAAGUACGUCAACAAGAUUGGACCUAUUGAAGGGGUAUUGGCAGAUUCCACUCCAGGUGGUCUUUAUCAAUACAAAGUUAUGCCAUUUGGGCUCAAGAACGCUCCAGCCACCUUUCAGCGUCUCAUCAAUGACAUUACAGCCAACCUUGAGUGGCUUGAAGCCAACAUUGAUGAUGUCAUAAAUAAUUCCAUGGAGUGUUCAAACACGGAUCCGUUCCUCCUGCGAGAGAUCUCACUGAAGCCAAGCUGAUUUAGUGAAAAGUGAAUUUGUCCCAAGUUUAGGUCAUGUCAUAAGCCAAGGUUGCAUCAAUUUGAAGUGUAUUUGGGCACUACUUUCUUAUUCAAGUCUACACUGAUCACAAUCCAUUGACUUUUCUUCAUAAUAUGAAGAACGAAAACCAGCACUGUCUGGAGCCUUUCAGACGGGAGUUAGACUAUAUCAGGGGACAUAAGUGUGAAGAUCAUUGUUUUUCAUUCUGGAUAACCAGCUUAGGCCUAUUUUGGAAGCUAGACAAAUGUUCCUGCUGAGUGAAUAUAAUUAUCUUUGUCUUUAUUGCAAUUAUCACUGCUAUUAAUUGUUGUAUUGUAUUUUAUACUGUCAUUGGACUUUGUACUGCCAUUCUAUUGUGUACUGUCAUCAUAAUUACUUUGUAGUAAUUUGUAUUACCUUAUAAUACAAUUGUUAACUGUA